UCUAUUGAAGAUGAGAAAAUGUAUGUUUUAUUAUAUGCAUAUGCCAUUGUUCUACUAGCUUCAAGCGAAGCUGAUUUACAGAUCCAACAGUUUAUCAGGGGCCACACAGAACAGCCCAGCAAUGGCGGCCUUUCCGCCUUAGACGGGUUUCCGCGGAAGGCUUCCACAAUCGUCCAAACCAUGCCGGAACUUUCAGCUGCCAGGACACCUGAUACGGAUACCCUGACGCUCAAAGCCAAAAGCAUUUAUCCUGUCUUGCCAGGAACAGGAAGUUUCACUCACAACGUGACGCGCAUGCUCAGUGAGACCGGCGAAAUGGGGCACCGCGAGGAGAAGCUCUCAAGCAAGGACGCACGUGCAAAACGAUUUUCCCCAUACAGUACCUCCCACUUCCUGUCUUACAGACAAAAUAUGUUGCAACAAAACACCAAUAAACAAAAUGUAGAACAUCUGGAAGGCGCCGAACAGUACGGAGCGGAAGACGCAGCCAUGACAGAUUCUUCGAUGACCACGCCGGGUUCCGCCUCUCCACAAUCGUCUGCAUCCACGUCAUCUCCUUCCGGUAUCAGUUUUACAUCACCCGGAAGUGGCGUCGAUGCAGCCUCUAGCCCGGAAACUGAAUUCACUAGCCAUGAAAUACAGAAAAAGCUCGUGCGCACGUGUUACACGAAUGAGCAGAUUCAGAUCCUGAUGAAGAUGUUCCACGAGAAUCCCUACCCAGACUCAGAACAGAUGGAGGAUAUGGCAAAAGAGUUUGGAGUUCCGGACAAUAAAAUCAAGAUCUGGUUUCAGAACAAGCGUGCCCGCUGGAGGCGCCGCGUCAACAACUCUAUGAACAGCUACACGGCUGGCCUGGUUCCCAGGACGCCCGCAAUGUCGCCCGUACAUCCCUACAGCUACAUGACUCCCGGUCACAUGGUGGUGACUUCUUCCCCUCAGCAUGUGGCCUACGGCUACUUUAAUCCGUGGAUUCAAAAGAGCUCCAUCAGUCCGAACAACAACCGCAGUGCCCAAUUUCCGGUGAACCCUGCCCAGCCACGUCUUUCUCCGACGCCGACGACGCUCAAAUCGGCUUCUCUGUCUAACAUGGCGUACCCAUCAGUAACCAUGACACCGGGCACUGUUUCUCCAUUUCCAUCUGAUCCGACGCUUUACCCGAUAAGGACGUCACCGCAUCAAGAGAUGGCGUCACAACUUCCGUCAGUUUCACCAAAUAAUAACUCAUACUUGUCGUCUACAAAUUUAUCAUACCCGAGAACGUCACCACACCAAAUCCAACAGUUUAUCAGAUGCCACAGAGAACAGCCCAGCAAUGGCGGCCUUUCCGCCUUAGACGGGUUUCCGCGGAGGGCUUCCACAAUCGUCCAAACCAUGCCGGAACUUUCAGCUGCCAGGACACCUGAUACGGAUACCCUGACGCUCAAAGCCAAAAGCAUUUAUCCUGUCUUGCCAGGAACAGGAAGUUUCACUCACAACGUGACGCGCAUGCUCAGUGAGACCGGCGAAAUGGGGCACCGCGAGGAGAAGCUCUCAAGCAAGGACGCACGUGCAAAACGAUUUUCCCCAUACAGUACCUCCCACUUCCUGUCUUACAGACAAAAUAUGUUGCAACAAAACACCAAUAAACAAAAUGUAGAACAUCUGGAAGGCGCCGAACAGUACGGAGCGGAAGACGCAGCCAUGACAGAUUCUUCGAUGACCACGCCGGGUUCCGCCUCUCCACAAUCGUCUGCAUCCGUGUCAUCUCCUUCCGGUAGCAGCUUUACAUCACCCGGAAGUGGCGUCGAUGCAGCCUCUAGCCCGGAAACUGAAUUCACUAGCCAUGAAAUACAGUCAACCAGUCCUGAAACAGAUUCAGUUAGCCCGGAAACGACACAAGAGACCAAAAAGAAAAAGCUCGUGCGCACGUGUUACACGAAUGAGCAGAUUCAGAUUCUGAUGAAGAUGUUCCACGAGAAUCCCUACCCAGACUCAGAAAAGAUGGAGGAUAUGGCAAAAGAGUUUGGAGUUCCGGACAAUAAGAUCAAGAUCUGGUUUCAGAACAAGCGUGCCCGCUGGAGGCGCCGCGUCAACAACUCUAUGAACAGCUACACGGCUGGCCUGGUUCCCAGGACGCCCGCAAUGUCGCCCGUACAUCCCUACAGCUACAUGACUCCCGGUCACAUGGUGGCGACUUCUUCCCCUCAGCAUGUGGCCUCCGACUACUUUAAUCCGUGGAUUCAAACGAGCUCCAUCCGUCCGAACAAAAACCACAGUGCCCAAUUUCCGGUGAACCCUGCCCAGCCACGUCUUUCUCCGACGCCGACGACGCUCAAAUCGGCUUCUCUGUCUAACAUGGCGUACCCAUCAGUAACCAUGACACCGGGCAAUGUUUCUCCAUUUCCAUCUGAUCCGACGCUUUACCCGAUAAGGACGUCACCGCAUCAAGAGAUGGCGUCACAACUUCCGUCAGUUUCACCAAAUAACAACUCAUACUUGUCGUCUACAAAUUUAUCAUACCCGAGAACGUCACCAGUCGGCGACGAUUUCACAAAAUAACAACUCUUGCUUAUCGCCUGCUGCAUUGUCAUACCCGAGAACGUCGCAGGUCACUCCUUCUUACCAGUGUUUUGGACAAGGUGCCCCUAAUUACAGUGGCUUUGCAAAUCCUCGAUCAGUCAAUUGAAUGUCCGGGUACUUGAUACAUGUGACAAUAAAUUUAAUUACCGUAAAUAUUAUUUAUUAUGUAUUAUUAUGUAUUUUGUUUCUGUCUGUGCUCAUUGUUAUAUAUUGUUGUUGUUGCAAUUUCAAAUUGUUAUCAUUGUAAAUAUGACCGUAAUAGUACUGUUUAAUCCAUUGAUACUGAGU